AUGAACAGCUGCGUGGAGUUCCGAGAAGCUGCUUUGGACCCUGCAAACGUUUGCAAGGCACAGCGUCGCCGCUUCACGGACAUCGACAUGCCUAACUCGUCUGCUGAGGGCAACGUGCGACUCAAUUUUUUUGAGGCACAGCGUCGCCGCUUCACGGACAUCGACAUGCCUAACUCGUCUGCUGAGGGCAACGUGCGACUCAAUUUUUUUGAGCGAGCCUGGGCGAGGACUUACGUCAGCGUCUCGCCGUCGGCCGCCUCGCCGUCGGCCGCCUCGCCGUCGGCCGCUUCGCCGUCGGCCGCCUCGCCGUCGGCCGCCUCGCCGUCGGCCGCCUCGCCGUCGGCCGCCUCGCCGUCGGCCGCUCGCCGUCGGCCGCCUCGCCGUCGGCCGCCUCGCCAUCGGCCGCCUCGCCGUCGGUCGCUUUGCCGUAAGCUUUCGGCGUUUCCGCGUCACGGUUUGUCGUACCUCCGUGCGUCACGUCUUGUUUGUUAG